UUACAAACAUAGAUCCGGUUUCAGUGAUGUGUCGGGACUCGGGCGUUCGGUUCUGUCCACAGAUCCCCACUGCCUGUUUCGUCGUCACUGCGGACGAGCUUCCUUUGAACCCUAUCGCAAAGUGCGAGCUUCCAGCCGUAGGGACCAAGGUAGCCUUCAUGGCUGUGCCACAUGAUUCACAGGAAACGUCCUAUCUGCUGCCUCCGAACCCUGAGGACUGGGAAGAACAAGGCAUCCCUGACUUUGUCUACGGACAGAAAGACCUCGUAGGGAAGGGAAUUCAGUGGCCAAGGAAUUCACCCAGUGCCCUGGACACGCCGCCACUGUCCCGCUUCGACUCUGCCCUCUGCUCUGCGUGGAGGCAGCGGGCGGAACUGGGCCUGUUUCGAUACUGCCUAGAAGAUCUGCAGACCCAAAUCCUGCCUGGUUCCGUGGGAUUUGUAGCUCAGCUGAAUAUAGAGCGAGGGGUACAGAGGAGGCGCCCCCAGAAUAUCAGAAGUGUGAGACAGGAGUUUGACCCCGACCAGUUUAACUUCAAUAAAAUCCAACCCGGAGAAGUUCUCUUCCGUCUGCAAAGGCAGCCUAAUGGGCCGGCUGCUCCAAAGCAAGAGGACAUCCUUGUGAUGAUCAACGUCAGUCCGCUGGAGUGGGGUCACGUACUGCUGGUGCCUGAGCCUGCUCUUGGGCUCCCCCAGCGCCUGCUGCCGGGAGUGCUGCGGGCCGGGCUUGAAGCUGUGCUACUGAGCUCUCACCCUGGCUUUCGGGUUGGCUUCAACAGCCUGGGAGGUUUGGCCUCUGUGAACCAUCUCCACCUGCAUGGCUACUACCUGGCCCACCCACUGCCUGUGGAGGGUGCGCCAAGCACACCCCUAGACCCAAAGGGCUGUAUACACCUGCUGCAGGUGCUCCCAGCUCCCGGCUUCCUCUUCUACACCAGCGGUCCAGGGCCUGAGUUGGAAGCCUUGAUUAGCAGGGUAUGCAGGGCUACGGAUUACCUGAGUGACCACGACAUCGCACAUAACUUAUUUGUGACCCGGGGAACUCCACCCGGGCCGGCAUCGUCUUCCUCAGACCUCACUGGCAUCCGAGUCAUUCUGUGGGCCCAUGGAGUCUGCUGUAUUGCCCAAGCUAGCCUCAAACUCCUCAGAUCAAAGAACUCUGCCUUAGUUUCCUGAAUCAAUGGCAAGCCUGUUGACUGAGUUAGACCUCCCGCUUUGCCUAUAACUAGAAGGCUGACUUUGCCCUCCCAUGUUGUAUUUGGCACAAGACUUGAACAAGAUCAAGCCAAGCCAACCAACAUUCCAACAUAGAUAAGAAAAGUCUUUGGAGACACAGUUUCUUCUCAGAAAAUCUACCUUUUUGUUUGUUUUGAGACAGGAUUUGUCUACAUAUUCCUGGCUGUCCUGGAACUUACUGUGUAGACCAAGCUAGCCUCAAACUCAUAGAAAUGGGAAGCCUGACUUCCCCUCCUGGGUUUGGGAUUAAAGAUGAGUGCCACAACACCCAAAGUUUUUAGAAAUGCUAGUGAGCACCUAGAACUCACUAUGUAGCUCCAAAUGACCUUGAACUUCUGAGUCUCUUGGCACCUCCCACAUGCUAGGGGGUCACAGGAGUCUGUAACUAUGCUUGUUUUAUGGUGUGCUGGAGAUCAAACCCAGGGUUCUGUGCACAUGUUGUAGUGAAAAAAAUAGUGUGGGGCUAUGUAUUAUUGAUUAUUAUUAGCCCUAAGAUUAUCACGGCUGUAUUACUUAACUGGCUAUCACAAAUAAUGAGACACAACACCUGAUAGGUUUUAAUUUCCUCGUUUACCUUGGGCAGGGCAGAUACUUCACUUACACUGUCUCAAUAUCCUCACCAUCCACCUCCCAGCCCCCAUCCCAUGCAUUCACCUUAAUUCUCCUCAACUGGACCACCUUCUAUCCAUAAUCCCAUGUUACUUGCUUAUAGUCUUCAUCUGGGCCUUUUCACGCCAUUACUGGAGUCCUUCCUCAGCCCAUGUGGUGUUUCCUCCAGGCUAACACAUCCUGGCAUCCUCUUCCUUCCAUCUGUUUGUCCUUCCUGUGAUUCCUCCUGGGCUUCUCCAAAGCCUAGAACCUUAGCCACACCUACCCCAUUCUGCCCUGCCCAGGUACAAGCUGUUUAAUUAGCCAAUCAGAUAUAAUGACUUAAAGAGGUUUACCCAGAGGGCCAGUAAUUAGCAUUAGACUAACCUCCAAGAUGCAUAUUUGGCCUUCAUGCUAUCCAACUCGUGUACAUCUCAACCCCAUGUAUUUUUUAAAAGUUACAUCUUAUUUAUUUUAACUUAUUUCUGUGUGUUUGAGUGUGUCUAGAUCAGAGGAUAAAUUUUGGGAGGUCAGUAUGUUGUGCCGGAUUCACGAGCCCCCAAAAUACUGCCAAGAGUUGAGUCUUGCAAAACACAUGAGAAUCUCUUUAUUUGAAGGUAGAGCUUGGGCUUACACCCUCACCUCUCAGUAGUUGAGAGUAGAGCCCGGAGCUCAGGGUAGGUGGGUGAUUCAAAGGCCCUAGUCCUUCCCAGCCUAGCAAGCGUCUGUUGGUUGAAACACAAAAGGGAUGUUGCAUUUUGAACUGAUUGGCUGUGGGGUGCCAUUAACUGUCUGGCUUCCCUUGUUUGGCUGUCCUAGGGUAGAGGGGCAUCUGGGCCAGUUUCCUAGCAACUGUAUCUCUAGUGGGCAGGAAAAGAAUGCAGUAAGGCUGAUUCCUCCCUGCAGGUAGCUGGACACGUCUCCACCUGUCUGGCCUUUGUUCAGGCUUGUGCUUUAAACUUUAAUCCAAUAACCCAAAAAGCCAGUUUUUAAUUCUUUGGUGUCUCAAGUUCUCUCCUUUCACCUUGGGGAUGCUGAGGAGUCUCUAACUGAGGUCAGAAGGCUCGGUGCCUUUACCUGCUGAGCCAUCUUGAAGUCCCACCCUUGUUUUUUUAUGCAAAUACAUUUAUUUUGUAAGACCUGGGGUCUCAUAGCUCAGGAGUUCAAUUGUGCCCUUCCCAGAAACUCCCCCAGACCAAGACUCGUUGCAAAAGCAAGAGGUUUAUUAACCAUUGUACAACGGGGUCACCCCUGCCGGUCAGCAAAGAGUGGCACCGGGAGACAAAGGCCUUUAGGUUUUUAAAAGAAAAAUUGCGGGAAAUUUGAAGUUGCAGUUUUGGCAAUUUAGGAUUGGAUGAGGAAGUUAUAAAGUAAGAUAAUUGGUUAGUCUUAGGUGCUCAAGCUUGGCCAGUCCUGCCAAGUGUGGAUGCAGCUGCAAUUGAAGGUGGGGGUGGUUAGCUCAUCCUUGAAGAUUAGGGGCUACAGACUUUUGGCUGGAGGUCAAAAGCUACUCAGAAGAAGUCUAGGUUUGUUGCUAAGAAACGCUAUCUCAAGGACAAGGGUCUGGUCCUUCUUUUGCUGAGUGAAGGUCAUUGCUUGCUUGCCCUUUUUUUAUAUCUGUCCUCACAGAUAGGGUCACAUUCCUUCACUCUCUGGAAAGGUACUAAGAGGCUUUAGCUUAACCUGGACCUAAAACUCAAAACUAUAGGCUUUAGAAGACAUAUAGGUUACAAAGUUAGUCUAACCCUUUCAAUUUGACUUGAAAAGUUACUACCAGAUGACAUCACUUUUAAGUAGGUAAUGAUUCUGAGAACUACAACAAAGAGCUUGAACAGGGUACAUCAAGUUCCAAAUAUAUACUUUUCUUUCUUUCUUUUGUUUUUGGUUUCUCAAGACAGGGUUUUUCUAUGUAGCUUUGGAUGUCCUGGAACUCACCCUGUAGACCACACUGGCCUUCACCAUUUUUUCUUUUUAAUAACCAUCUCUUGUUAAAGGUAUAAUUUCUAAGAAGAUACUGUAUACUUUGCAUAUGUUUUUUACAGAAUUCCAUCUAAGCUUAAAGCUCACUUUCCUGGAAAAUGUUAUGCUCAACAGCAUUUUAAAAUUAAAGGAAGAGUUUGAUUAUAUAUGUUUCAAAAUAAAUAAGCAUGUAUUAAACUGACCUUUUAGUGACAAAAUAUUUUGUUUAUAGACUAGAUGUCAGGAUUAAUGCAAACUUUGGGUACAUUUUUUUUCUACACAUGUAAUAUAUGCUUGUUUGUGUACUUGAAACCCCUUUUAAGGACUAGCAAGACAGAAGAUUUGUUGACUAUAAGAAAAAGAUUCUUUUUUUUAAAUAUUUUUUUUAAUGUAUAUAAUGUCUGGAGGAGCAGACAGUGCUCUUAACUGCUAACCCAUCUCUCCAGCCUUUAUUGUUUUGUUUGCUUGUUUGGUUUGUUGGUUGGUUUUUCACAACAGGGUUUCUCUGUGUAGCCUUGGCUGUCCUGGACUCACUUUGUAGACCAGGCUGGCCUGGAACUCACAGAGAUCAGCCUGCCUCUGCCUCCCUGAGUGUUGUGAUUAAAGGCCCAGCAAUAAAAAUAUUCUUAAAUGUACAAAAAGAAAAAGAAUCAAGUAGACUUCUUCCCCCCCACCCAUAUCCCAAGGCUCAGGGAAUGUGGGGACAUAAAGAAGGUUAGGACUAGAGGAUGAAGAAAUCUGUAAAGGCAGUCAUGUGGACAUGACAUUGCAAUUGCAAUCACGAAUUCAGAGACUGUGGUUAAAAGACCUGCAUAAGACAGUCUCUGUCAACAAUACAAUGUGUGUGUGUGUUGGGGAAGGGUGGGGAGAGGAAGGCACAUGAGGAAGGCACACAGUUGAUAGCUACUGGGAAAAUGGGAGUCAGUUUUCUUAAGUGUAGUCAGUGGAAAGUUAUCCAUGACAUAGUAAGUAACUCCAUACCCACGUACAUGCAAGGAACUCUAAUUAAACUCAGUUAUUUUUUAAAAGGAAAGAUGAAAUUAGGAAGGGAAUGUGUUGGGAGGAGGGGUUUCCAGAGGCAGUGGGAUAGGAUAAGAGAGCAUCAUGAGUCUGACCAGGCUGGAGAAAUGGCUCAGAGGUUAAGAGCACUGUCUGUUCUUCCUAGAUGGUCCUGAGUUCAAUUCCCAGCGGCUCACAACCAUCUACAACGUGAUCUAGUGUCCUGUUCUGGCUGUAGGUAUAUACUCGUAUACAUAAAAUAGGUAAAUCUUUUUUAAAAGAUGAAUAUGAUCAAAACAUUUUAUAUACAUGAACUUGUCAAAGAAUGAAAAUCCUUCUUUAAAUCACUAUAAUGAUUUUAAGAAUAAAAGAAUGAGAGCCUAGAGAGAUGGCUCAGCAGUUAAGAACACUUUCUGCUCUUGUAGAGAACACUUUCUGCUCUUGGGUUCCUAGCACCAACCUGGCAGCCGACAAACAUACGUAACACCAGUUCCAGAGAACCGACAACCUCUUCUGGCCCCUGAGAGUAUUGCACACAUGUGGUACUCAUCUAUAAAUGCCUGCAAAACACCCAUACACAUAAAAUAAUAAGUAAAUCUUUAAAAGAAUGAAAGAGGGAGCUGGAGAGAUGACUCAGUGAUUAAGAGCACUGGCUGCUCUUCAAGAGGACCUGGGUUCAAUUCCUAGCACUUGUAUACUUGCUCACAUCCAUCUGUAACUUAAGUUACAGGGAAUUUAACACCUUUUUCUGGCCUCCUCUGGCAUUGUGCACACAGGGUACACAGAUAUGCACUCAGGAACACACAGAUACUCAUAAAUUGAAAAACACUUGAAAACAAUGAAAAACUGGUGAAAUGGCUCACUGGUUAACAGUACUUUGUUGCUCUUUCAGAGGCCCUAGGUUCAGUUCCCAUCACCCACAUGUUGGCUUACCACUAUGUGUAACUCUAGUCCCAAGGGGUCUAACACCCUCUUCUGACUUUAUAGGAACCAAGCAAGGAUGUGGUCCACAUACAUACAUGCAGGCAAAAAUUCAUACACAUAAAUAUAUAUGUGUUCUGCCAGGUGCAGUGGCACACGCCUGUAA